AUGGCCUGCUACCAUGUCAAGGCACCAGAGCCAUCCUCGGCCAGGCACGAGGUCGCGUUGCUCAGACAGCGUUUACAGGCGCUGGAAGAACAUCUUGAUCAUGAACGACAGGGAGGCCUCGGAAACAUCGUUACUAGAGUGAGCGAGCUGGAGGAGCUGGUCGAGAAAAGCCGUGAGGAGAUCGGCCAAGAGAUCAAGGGAUCCUACCGAAAUAUCACUAGAGUCUGGCAAUCAGUCGAUCAGUUAGAACAGCAAGCUGCUCAAAUGCAACAAAGCAUACAUUCCCACACAGAGCGACUAGGGAAUGUUGACUGCGAACUGCGGAACAUCAGCAAUCGACAAAUGGAACUAUUCGACGCCGAUGACAGCAUGGAAGAAAGAUUGGAACAGUUGGAGUCGGACAAGGACUUAUUGGCCACACGAGACGCAGGAAAGCUGGAGGCCACGGUUGAGGCAGCGACUUGGCCCAGUGACCCAGAUACUCGACCCCGACGCCAACCCACGCCGAUCCGCACAGCUCACGGAAAGUCUGUCAGUGAGAUGGAACUCUCCCGGCCUGAAUUUCGUGCUUCCUCUUCCCCUGGCGCGACUGGGUUUGCCGGUAACCCAAAUAACUGCGGCGCAUGGACUGUUCACAUUUCCCUGCUUCCAACCUUCUCACAGCCGUUUCCCUUUGAAAGGGAUACCAAUGCCUACAAGCGAUGCCUCUCGCGUGGCCUGCAUCGUACUGUUGUUGUGGGGGGUUCUGAUAGUGACUCCUUCACGAACGCUGUAGCGAGAGCCUUCGAGGGUCUAUUGAAAGGAAGGCCAUGGAUGCCUCUACAGGCGAAGCUUUGCGACGCAGAACGGCUACAGGGCCUCCCAAUGUUACGACCACUGGACCCCAAUCUUGUCGACAGCGAAUACAACGUUGACUUCCUGCGGAAGCACUGUGGCGUGUGCGAGCCCAGCGGGAAGAUCGAGUCGUUAUACAUCGCCAUGCGCAAAGAUAAGUUGUCUUGGCAUUUUCUGCGAAACUCGCCGAAAUUCAUUGACGGCCUCGAGAACUGCUGGGUCUAUGACCAUUACCUUGAUCCCAACGACCCAGUGGAGGACGACAGCAUAGACGAACACGAUCGCCCAUCGGCAGGUGACAUUGUCCCAUGCUUGCCUUCUCUCAAAAGAGCUGCCUCUGAAAUAUCAAAGACCAGCAAUCUGGCGGCUGUUCCGCCUGCUGGCGAAAAUGAUAUGCCGAGGACUAAAGCGCCUCGGACAGCCUGUCUAUCCACUUUGGCGGACUCGCAUAGACGAUUAGAGACGGUGUAA